CAUUUUCCAUUUAUCUUUUUUUGAGUACGUUUUGUAAUUUCGUUUUUCACAAGAUGUUCUUUCAGUAUUUAAACUUAACUCAUUUUGAUGUUUGAAGUUAUAUAUUUAUGUUGAAAUGAUGGCCUAUUUAAAAGUUUUGACGUAUGGAAUAGUAAUUUGUAUUUUAAGUAAUGAAGUUAAAGGGAGAAUACAUACAUUAGAAAUAAAGGAUGAUGAUCGUCGUUAUAUAACUUUAACUACAUUUGGAUUUUACCAAGGCGGUUUAUUAAAUGUUAAUAUCAAGGAUUUCUAUUUGUUACCUGAAAAUGUGGCUGAAGUGCAUGGUUUGCUGCUUGAAAGAUCCAUCUUUGAUGAAGGGAAUCCAUAUAUUGACUAUCAACAAGAUUUUUGUCCAAUUGGCUCUCCAAAUUUGUUUGAAAUGCGUGCAAAUUCAGACUUAGCAACUUUUAAGUUUGAUUUUUCCAAAAAAAUCGUAUCUUUAAGUUGUUCGCCAUCAAUGGACCCAUUUUAUUUAUUUCCUGAUAUAGAUGCGUUUAAAGUUGAACAACAAAAUGGUUUUCUAAACACUAAUACAAAGUGUAUGAAUAAAACACUGCCUAUAUUAAAUAGUAAUCAACCAGAUUCAUACAAUAUAAGUUUUGUGGUUUAUAUCCAUUCAAAAUCAAAUGAAGGCUUGUAUAACUUGUAUUAUCACAACUGUCCAAAUUAUGCAAUUACUUCUAAAUCAAGGCGAAGCUUUACGGUCAGUAUCAGUGAAAGUAAUAAUGGCAAUUAUUUAUCUGCUGGUGACAUGCCAUUGCCAUCAUUAUACUUUAGCAUGUCAAUUAUUUUCUUAAUAACUGGUAUUGUUUGGGUUUAUACAUUGUAUAAAAGCAAUUAUCCUGUAUAUAAAAUUCACUAUUUGAUGGCUUUGUUAGUGUUCUUGAAAGCAGCUACUUUGUUCUUCCAUGGAGUGAAUUUUCACUUUAUACAAAUUAAAGGUCAACAUAUUGCAACAUGGGCUGUUGUAUACUAUACAAUUCACUUAUUAAAAGGAUCAGUUCUAUUUAUAACAAUUGUAUUAAUUGGUACUGGAUGGACUUUUAUAAAACAUGUGUUGUCAGAUAAAGAUAAAAACAUAUUUAUGAUUGUUAUACCCUUACAAGUACUUGCCAACGUAGCUGAAGUAAUUAUUCAAGAAUCUGAAGAAGGUGAUGUUCAACAUAAUGCAUGGUUGGACUUAUUUUUAUUGGUUGAUUUUAUGUGUUGUGCAGCUAUACUUUUUCCUAUUUUAUGGUCCAUCCGUCAUUUACAAGAAGCAUCUCAAACAGAUGGAAAAGCAGCAAUAAAUCUUCGCAAACUUAAGUUAUUUCAACAGUUUUAUGUGAUGCUCGUUUCUUAUAUAUACUUUACUCGGAUAUUAAUAUAUAUGUUAAGGAUGACCGUUCCUUUUCAACUGCAAUGGUUGAAUGAAUUUUCUAAAGAAUCUGCAACAUUUAUAUUCUUUGUAAUGACAGGGUAUAAAUUCCGACCAACACUUGCUAAUCCAUAUUUUCAAGUAGCAUCUGAUGUCGACGAUGACGAUACAGAUAUUGUCAUUAGUCAUUUUGGUUCAGGAGUAAGUAAUCGUACCAAAAAAAAAUCUGCUAAAGGAGAAAUCCCUGAAGACGAGAUAAUGCUAGUUGAGACGUCAUAAUAGGAAAAUUCUUUCUGUGAUACUAAGACUGAUUCAACUGAUUUAUCACUCCUUAAGUCUUAAAUAUGUAUAUUUAUAUUAAUAUAGUAUAAAACAAUUUACACUUUUAUAAAUUUGACAUGAAUUGCACAAAUAUUGUUAAUUGUUUUAAUAAGUCGAUAUGGAGUUAUAACAAAUGAAAAACUACUAUGUAAAUUGCUUUAACUAGAAUGUGUAAUUACUAUUUUUUAAAUUUUGUUUAUUGUAUAAUAAUAACAUAAUGUUAUGCUUGCUCCUCAGGGGCUACUCUUUAUUUGAUAUAAUUUAGAAACGAUAAUAAAUUAUAUUUAUAAUUAUUAUAAUAAUUGAAAACUUGUCUAUGUAUUAUAAUAGGAUUCGUAUGAUCUGCAAUAUUUUAAUUGCAUAAAAAGACAAAUAAUAUACUUUUGAGUAUGUUUUGUUAGUUCUUCAUAAACAGAAUAACAAAUCCUUAAUAUGAUAUAUUUUAACCACUUCCUUUGUACUCUUUAAACAAUAAGAAGAUAAUGUUAUUGUAUUUGAAAAUGAUAUUGAUGUGCAGUACAGAGUGUAUUAACAAUGUAUGGUGCUUGAUUAAGUUUUUAAUUAAAACAAAAAUUUGAAAUAA